GAAACAUGCAGUGGUUCACAGCUCUGUUCUCGAGGGUGUUUGUGGACUGUGAUAGACUGAAGACUCAGGGUGCUCUAGGAGGCUGGUGCACACGGAAAUCAUCAUGGCGCAACUGAUAUCAUUAGCCCAGGCACUUUCACAGCCAAUUUUAGAUACCAUAGCAUCUACUGAGAUGCCACAUCUGACCAGCAGAAGACAGCCGGUGUUAAAGGAGAAGGUGCUCCUUGUCAUCUACACUGGAGGAACCAUCGGGAUGAAAUACAAAGAUGGCGGGCUUGUCCCCAUACCCCAUGCACUUGAAAAGUUCCUACGUGAACUUCCCAUUCUCCACGAUGAGGAGUACGCCAAAAAACACGACCUCAACAAACGUUAUGGAGAACACGCUCUGGUCCUACCGAACAAUGAAAAGGACUCAGAGGCCAGUAGGAUAGUCUACAUAAUAGAGGAGUACAACCCGCUGCUGGACUCUUCAAACAUGACUCCAGAGGACUGGGCCAAGAUUGGAAAGGACAUUGAGAAAAACUAUGGGUUACAUGAUGGGUUUGUGAUUCUCCAUGGGACAGACACUAUGGCUUACACAGCCUCAGCCCUGUCCUUCAUGUGUGAGCAUCUGGGCAAACCGGUUAUAAUCACAGGUGCACAGGUGCCAAUAUAUGAUGUACGAAAUGAUGGCAUGGAGAACCUCUUGGUGGCGCUGUUGAUCGCAGGAACAUAUGACAUCCCUGAGGUGGGUUUAUACUUCCAUGACACACUGUACAGAGGCAAUCGUGUGACCAAGGUGGAUGCUGAGAGCUUUGGAGCGUUCUCUUCUCCUAAUCUGGCACCUCUGGUCACCACUGGAGUGAACAUUACAGUUAACUGGGACAUCGUGUGGAGGGACAAAUCUAAGCAAAAGUUUCAAGUGAGCACAGAGAUGAACCAAAAUGUGGGGCUGCUGCGGAUCUUUCCAGGCAUCACUGCCACCACUGUCCGGGCCUUCCUCCAGCCUCCGAUAGAGGGAGUUAUUCUGGAGACGUACGGCUCUGGAAAUGCCCCAGACAAAAACCAGGGACUGCUCGAUGCGCUGAAGGAGGCCACGGACUCUGGGGUCAUUAUCGUCAACUGUACACAGUGCCUGAGGGGAACUGUUUCCUUAACUUAUGCAACCGGGGCGGCUUUGGAGAAAGCAGGAGUGGUUCCUGGUGCUGAUAUGACGCCUGAAGCUGCACUGACAAAGUUGUCCUAUGUGUUGGCAAAGAAAGACUGGACUCUAGAAGAAAAGAAAAGGAUGAUGAAACUGAACCUCCGAGGUGAGAUGAUCCAAGCCGAGAGUGAAGCCAAGCUGUGCCUGAGUGACAGUUGUGUCAUCCAGGCCAUUGCCAAAUCUCUGAGCCUCAGCUGCACCGAGGAGUUGGGAGCAGUCCGUGAUGCCCUGACCCCCUCGCUCGCCUGUGCUGCUGCUAAGACUGGAGACAUUGAGGCGCUCGAGGCCUUAAAACAAUUGGGCAGCCAUUUGUUUUUCGGAGACUAUGAUGGACGGACGCCUCUGCACGUGGCGUGUUGUGAGGGAAACCUCAACGCAGUGCAGUACCUGCUGAGCCAGGGUGCCACAGUGCAUGCUAAAGAUCGCUAUGGAGCCACUCCCCUGAGCAACGCAGUACACUUUAGACACAAGGAAGUGGUGGAGUUACUGAGGAAGACUGGAGCUCACUUGUCUCGUGAUGAACUGAAUGAAGCAGGUGUAGAGCUGUGCAGCCUGGCAGCCAGGGGUGACUUGGAGGGUCUGGAAAUCUGGAUCCUCGCUGGUGCAGAUUUGACCAAACCAGGACCUGAUGGACAGACCGCCCUUCAAGUGGCUCAGUCGGCUGGACAGAAAGAAGUGGUAGCAACUUUUUUCAGCUGCUCAUGAGCAAAAGAACCAAGAAGGGGAUCAAGUUCAUUGUAUCAGGACUGUGAAACCCCACAGGACCAUGCCACCUUUCCAGCCACUUUGCAGUCUUCCUUCCCAGCUUCAUUUAGCAGUAAAUCAUGAACAUGUCCACUGUCCCUGGGCUGUCAUGGGGCUUUGAAAUAUAUAUAACCUAACAAUGUGCAUGCCAAAUUUAUCUUACUUUACUCUGCCUUGAAUAAAUGAUGUUUUCAAAACCAUAA